AUGGACACUCCCAUAGAUAUUCCAAGGAAAUGCACAGUUUUGGUCAUAGGUGGUGGUCCUGCGGGAUCCUACACUGCUGCGGCUCUAGCCCGUGAAGGGUUAGACGUUGUAGUGAUAGAGGCCGAAACAUUCCCGAGGUACCAUGUCGGUGAGAGCAUGCUCCCAUCCGUACGGCAUUUCCUCAAGUUUACCGACUGCUACGAUAAGUGGAGGGAGCAUGGGUUUCAGAUUAAGAAUGGCGGCGCCUUUAAACUGGAUCCUUCUCUCCCGGACACGUAUACCGACUUUCUCGCAUCUGGAGGACCCGAUGGCUAUGCAUGGAAUGUGAUUCGUUCUGAGAGCGACAACUUACUUUGGGAACACGCCGGUAGCUGCGGUGCGAAAAUUUAUGAUUCCACCAAAGUUGACACUAUUCAAUUCGAGCCUCAAAAUCCUGAGUCAUGUUCUGACGAGCGUAAUCCGGGACGUCCGGUUUCAGCGACUUGGACAAAACUGGACGGAACUACAGGAACAAUACAUUUCGAAUACCUGGUUGAUGCUAGUGGUAGACGUGGCAUCCUAAGUACUAGAUACUUAAAAAAUCGCAAGUUUAACCAGGGUCUUAAGAAUACUGCCAAUUGGGGAUAUUGGAGAGGUGCCGGUGUAUACGGUCGCGGCACCUAUAAGGAGGGCUCGCCUUACUUUGAGGCCUUGAGUGAUGCUAGCGGAUGGUGUUGGUUCAUCCCUUUAAAUGAUCAUACCCACUCCGUAGGUAUUGUACGGAACCAAGAGAUUGCCACAGCCAAGAAACGAGAAUCAGGCUUGGACGAUAUCAAAGAAUUCUACGUCCAAUCCCUUGAUCUUGUACCUGGCAUCAAAGAGCUGCUAUCUAAGGGUGAACUAAUAACCGAGGUUAGGUCAGCGUCUGAUUGGUCGUACAGCGCUUCGAGCUAUGCAUUUCCUUAUGCUCGCAUCGCCGGCGAUGCUGGAAGCUUCAUCGACCCGUUCUUCUCGUCAGGUGUGCAUUUGGCAUUGAACGGCGGUCUCUCUGCAGCCGUUACAAUUGCAGCUUCUAUACGAGGCGACUGCGAUGAAGUGACUGCUGCCUCAUGGCAUAAUAAGAAGGUUUCAGACAGUUACAAUCGCUUCUUACUAGUUAUUCUCAGUACUUCGAAGCAAAUUAGGAACCACAACCGACCGGUCAUCCACGACUUCGACGAGGAGAGCUUUGAGAGAGCUUUCGAAUUGUUCCGCCCAGUCAUCCAUGGCACCGUCGAUGCCAACGUCAAAGUAAAGCCAACACAAGAAGAAAUAUCCAAGACCGUGGAGUUUUGUUUUCGAUCUCUAGCUGAUAUCCCCCCGGAGCAAAAGGAUGCUCUUAUCCAGAAACUUAAAAGUCUUGGAAUAGAGGGCGAAGUUAACGACGAGGAAAAUCUACGCGCCAUUGAAGAAAUAGAGAAGAGUCUCACCCCAGAGGAAUCGCAGAUUUUAAAUAUCCUGCGUGGUCGGCGAAUGUUGAGGAAUGAAGAUUCGAUUAGUCUUGUCAACUUUACCCUUGAUUCAAUUGACGGACUAGCUCCCAACAUGGAACGUGGGAAACUUGGUCUUGUCAAGGCUGUACCGGUUAAGCCAAACCAAGCGCAGCUGUACUCCGCUUCGUUUCUAAGAGGUGACAGGCCUGAUAUUCGGACUCAGAGGAGUGAUAAAGCUUCAAAGGUAUUAGACAAGGAUAAUAUUGUUGGAAAGCAAGGAUUAUAUUAUGGAACACCGCUCCUAUCAUAA